AUGGCCUGGCUCCUCUGGACCAUGGCUAUACCACUCAUUCCGGUUCUCUUCCUCCGCCUGAUCGCCCUUGUCCUGCCUCGGAAGCCCGCCCAGCUCGCGACUUUUGCUGCCUUCUUCAUCACUAGCAUGUCUAUGAUGAUUUUGUGUGCAUCCUACGGUGUCGUGGCCAGCAUUUUGCUCCGUAUAGUGGGAUACGGAGGUCUGAGUCAGUGGACUGUGGCAAGGGCUUUCAAGUGGACUAUGUGGUUGACUACUGGCGUCACAUUUAGAGUUGCGGAGAGCAGCAGGGAAGAGGGCGGCAGAAGGGGUGGGGAGGAUGCUCUGUCCACUCGCCCCGCUGUCCUUGUGGGUAACCACCAGACCGAGAUGGAUGUUCUGAUGCUUGGCUGCACAUUCCCCCAAUACACAUCCGUGACCGCGAAGUCCUCUUUGAAAUACGUUCCUUUCCUCGGCUGGUUCAUGGCCCUCUCCAAAACCGUCUUCAUCGAUCGCGCAAACCGCACCACUGCGCGCGCCGCCUUCGACUCCGCCGCCGCCACCAUGCACUCGCAGCGCCAGAACGUCUUCAUCUUCCCCGAAGGCACACGCUCGUACGCUGAUAAACCAGAACUCCUCCCUUUCAAGAAGGGCGCCUUCCACCUCGCCAUCCAAGCUCAGGUCCCCAUCGUACCCAUCGUCUCCGCAAAUUACAGCCACGUGCUCAAUGUCAAAGAGAAGAAGUUCACUCCUGGCGUUAUCGAUGUCAGUGUAUUGCCCGCUAUACCGACCAAGGGAAUGACAGUUGCGGAUGUGGACGCCCUGCUGAAGAAGACGAGGGAUGGCAUGUUGGAGGAGUUGGUCAGGCUGUCGCACGUAUCUGGGAAUGGCCACGCUGAGCCGCUGCCACGCGCUUCGGGCGUAUCGGAUGAGAGUGGUGAGCUUAGGAAACGGAAUUGA